CUUUCACAUUCUUCCAAAACCUGCCCUUUGCCACGGACGAAAUGGUUUGCAGGGUCAAAGUUUAGAUGUGGUAAGAUAUGUUGUGAUUCUGCAAGUCGCCUGUCUUUUCUCCGAGCAAUAUGAAGAUUGAUUUUGCCCCCGUCGGCGUGCCCGUCUGCAGGAGACUGCAGACUGCCGCCGUGUUGCAAUGGGUCUUCUCCUUCCUUGCCUUAGCUCCCACGUGCAUCUUCCUGUUCUUCUACCUGCUGUUCACCCGUUUCUGGUUGAUCAGCGUGCUCUAUUCUGUGUGGUGGUUCUUUGACUUUGACACUCCUGCACGUGGAGGUCGGAGGGUGCCUUACUUGUGUGGAAUGAAAGUGUGGGACUACAUGCGGGAUUACUUCCCCGUCAAGUUGGUGAAGACAGCUGACCUGGACCCUCGACACAACUACAUCCUGGGCUUCCACCCUCACGGCGUCCUGGUGGCAGGAGCCUUUACCAAUUUCUGCACCUAUGCCACAGGCUUCAAACAAGCAUUUCCAGGCCUUACCAGCUACCUGCUCAUGCUGCCCCUAUGGUUCCGAGCCCCGUUCUUCAGAGACUACGUCAUGUGUGCAGGUCUCAUUCCAUCUGAUAAAGAAAGCGCCAUCUAUCCGCUACGACAGAGGGGCGGUGGAAACGCUGUUGUCAUCGCCGUCGGCGGAGCCCCGGAAGCCCUCGACGCCCACCCGGGGACGUACAACGUACUCUUGGCCAAGAAGAAAGGUUUCAUUAAAAUUGCAAUGGAACACGGAGCUCACCUGGUUCCAGUCUUCUCUUUUGGUGAGAAUGAGGUAUUUGAUCAAGUGGGGAACUCGAGAGGAACCUGGCUUCGAAGUAUACAGGAACAGCUGCAAAGCAUCAUGGGUAUCUCCUUGCCGCUCUUCCACGCCCGUGGGAUUUUCCAAUACUCCUUUGGUCUCAUGCCAUACCGGAAACCCAUCCAUACCAUCGUCGGACGGCCCAUCAGGGUGGAGAGGAACGAGAAACCGACAACCGAGGAGCUCGAUGCCCUUCAUCAGUUGUACAUGGACGAGCUCAGCCAGCUUUUUGAGCAGCACAAAACCAACUAUGGCGUGGACAAAGACACACAUCUGAAUUUUGUCUGAACGGGACGAAAGAUGCGUAUUUAUUUCUCAAGGUUGAGAAGAUUUUUUUGGAUCGGCUAUUGGCUAUUGUGUUAAUAAUUUUACAAACCUUUUUUUUUUUUUUUUUAAAUUGUUCAAAAUUGAUAAACAUCUCCAAAUAUAAAAAUUCAAAACUGCACGAUCAAUAAUUAUCAACUGUGCAAUCUUAUCAAAAGCCACCAAUGACUAGACUAGUUAGGCAACAUUCAACAAAGCGAAUGUGCCCUAGUUAUUAUUUAAUAAACCAGCAAGUCUGGUGUUGGACGGACGACAAGACUGUCUGUGAACUUUGGCAAAUGCUCUUUUAUGAGAUGUUGGCUUGAGCUGGAUAUUUCCAAAUGAAAUGGACGAUGGCCUGAUUCUUUCGACACAGUCUGGCCGACGUGUGAUUGACUAAGAAAAAUGUUGCUGAAACUUUGCAGGACAAUAAAAAAAUGAGCAGAGAAAUGAUUUUAA